UUGCAUUUAUCUCAGUGCUCAUUUUCGUCAAAAGCCCAAUAAUUUGCGGUUUUCUCCUAAAAUCCCACGACGGUGCGCUUCCUCACACUCACAUGUUCAUAAAACCGCCAAUCUAGAUCAAUCUUUGAGUCAAAUUCAAAGAGAUUCCGCUUUACUCUAAACUUUGGAAUCCCUUCUUUUAUCUCUCAACAAUCACUCUUUCCGUAUUCAUCGAGUUUACAAGAAAAUUUUAAUCGGGACCUCUGCCCUGAGGUCCUCCGGUAUUGAAUAUACAGCACGAAGAUGCAAGAUUUUCAGGAUGCCAGUGGGCCUCCAAACUUGGCUCAACUUCAGGCCACCAUGCAAGCCAUUGAACUUGCUUGCGGUUCCAUUCAGAUGCACAUCAAUCCAUCUGCAGCUGAGGCAACUAUUCUAUCACUUCGCCAGUCGCCUCAUCCAUACCAUACAUGUCAGUUCAUUCUUGAAAAUUCUCAGGUAGCUAAUGCACGAUUUCAAGCUGCUGCUGCAAUUCGAGAUGCUGCUAUUAGAGAGUGGAGUUUUCUUACUGCUGAUGUCAAGAGAAGUUUAAUUAGUUUCUGUCUGUGCUAUGUUAUGCAACAUGCAAGCUCACCAGAGCGCUAUGUUCAGGCAAAGGUUUCUGCUGUGGCUGCUCAAUUGAUGAAAAGGGGCUGGCUUGAUUUUGAAGCCUCUGAGAAGGAGCCGUUCUUUUAUCAGAUAAAUCAGUCUAUUCAUGGUGUUCAUGGCGUUGAUGUGCAAUUUUGUGGAGUUAACUUCCUGGAGUCAUUGGUAUCGGAAUUUUCACCCUCUACGUCAAGUGCUAUGGGUCUUCCUAGGGAGUUUCAUGAGCAGUGCAGGAGAUCAUUGGAGUUGAACUACCUGAAGACGUUCUACUGUUGGGCAAAAGAUGCUGCUGUAAGUGUCACCAAUAUAAUAAUUGAUUCUCAGACUGAGGUUCCAGAAGUCAAAGUUUGUACUGCUGCUUUACGCCUGAUGUUUCAAAUUUUGAACUGGGAUUUUUGUAAUACUGGUGCUAAGGCUAGUAUCAGCUGGUACUUUGCCGGAGUCAAGGAUCAUGGUGAUACAACCAAGAGAACUGAGUAUAAUUUGGUGCAGCCUGGUCCUGCUUGGCAUGAUGUUUUGAUUUCAAGUGGGCAUAUCUCGUGGCUUUUGAAUUUAUAUUCUGCACUUCGGCAGAAGUUUUCAUGUCAAGUCUUUUGGCUUGACUGCCCUAUAGCUGUAUCUGCUCGAAAGCUAAUUGUACAAUUUUGCUCCUUGGCAGGGGCAAUAUUUCAUUCUGAUAAUGGGCAGAUGCAUGAAAAUCAUCUAUUACAGCUCCUUUUGGGGAUAAUACAGUGGAUUGAUCCUCCGGAUGCUGUUUCGAGAGCAAUUGAAAGUGGAAAAUGUGAAAGUGAAAUGCUUGAUGGUUGUCGUGCAUUGCUAUCCAUUGCAACCGUAACAAGUCCCUCUGUGUUUGACCAACUACUUAAAUCAAUCAGACCGUUUGGCACCCUUCAACUGUUAUCUAGUUUAAUGGGUGAAGUUGUAAAGGUUCUUAUGACCCAUAACAGCGAGGAGGAGACGUGGAGUUGGCAGGCCCGUGAUAUAUUACUUGAUUCCUGGACAGCCCUCCUCAUACCAUUAGAGAGGUGUGGUCAGAAUUCAUUGCUUCCACAAGAAGGUAUCAGCGCUGCUGCUAACUUGUUUGCUUUGAUUGUGGAAUCAGAGCUAAAAGCUGCAUCUGCCUCUGCAUUAGAUGACAAUAUUGAAUCUGAAUAUUUUCAAGCUUCCGUUUCUGCCAUGGAUGAAAGAUUAAGUGCUUAUGCUCUUAUUGCGAGGGCAGCAAUAAAUGUCACAGUUCCCUUCCUCAUAAGAUUGUUCUCAGAGCGUCUCUCGAAGCUUAAUCAGGGAAGGGGCAUCAUUGACCCAACUGAAACACUAGAAGAAAUUUACUCACUUCUGUUAAUAAUUGGGCACGUGCUUGCUGAUGAAGUGGAGGGGGAAACACCGUUGGUUCCAAAUGCUAUACUGUUCCAGUUUACUGAUGUGAUGGAAGCGAAUAAACAUCCUGUUAUUGCACUAUCAAGCUUAAUUAUUAGGUUUUGUGAGCAAUGUUUGGAUCAACAAACAAGGGCAUCAAUUUUCAGCCCUCGACUAAUGGAGUCAGUUGUAUGGUUUCUAUCAAGAUGGUCAUCAACAUAUUUACUUCACCCCGAAGAAAUCAUCACUACUAACUAUGGUAAAGAACAUGAUAAUGAGUUCCAGUCACAGCAUACCAGGAAAGUCAUUUACAGCUUUUUUGGAGAACACGGCCAAGGAAUUCCUAUACUUGAUAUCAUUAUUUGCAUAGCCGCGACUACGCUUUUGUCUUAUCCUGGGGAGAAAGACUUGCAUGCACUCACAUGCAACCAACUACUUCGUGCACUUGUUCGUCAGAAACAUAUUUGCAAGCAUCUUGUUGCAUUGGAUUCAUGGCGUAAUUUAACAAAUGCUUUUGAUAAUGAAAAAAAACUGUUCUUGUUAGAUUCUGCUCACCAGCGUUCACUUGCCCAAACAUUAGUGCGUUCAGCUUCUGGGGUGAGAAAUAUCGAAUCAUCAAAUCAGUAUGUAAGGGACCUUAUGGGCCAUACAGCAACACAUCUGGUCGAAAUGGCUAGCAGGAAGGAUUUAACAAGUAUAGCUCAACAACCUGAUGUUAUGAUGAUGAUAAGUUGUUUGUUGGAGCGGCUUCGUGGAGCUGCUUGUGCUUUAGAACCUCGGACUCAGACAUCAAUUUAUGAGUUGGGAUUUUCUGUUAUGAACCCUGUUUUGGUUCUUCUUGCAGUUUACAAAGAUGAGUCUGCAGUUGUGUAUAUGCUACUGAAAUUUGUUGUUCACUGGGUGGAUGGUCAAAUUAAUUACUUAGAAGCUCGAGAAACAGCUACUGUUGUUGAUUUUUGCAUGCGUUUGCUCCAGCUGUAUUCAUCACAUAACAUUGGCAAGAUAUCGUUAAGUCUUUCAAGCAGCUUACUUAAUGAGGCAAAAAAUGAGAAGUACAAGGAUUUACGUGCUCUUCUUCAACUUUUGUCAAAUCUUUGUUCAAAAGAUUUGGUUGAUUUUUCAUCUGAUAACUCUGAUGUGCCGGCAACAGAUAUUUCUCAGGUCGUCUACUUUGGUCUCCACAUUAUCAGUCCUUUGAUAUCUUUGGAUUUGUUGAAGUAUCCAAAACUUUGCCGGGAUUACUUCUCUUUGUUGUCGCAUUUGCUGGAGGUUUAUCCUGAAACAGUUGCAAAACUGAAUCAUGAAGCUUUUGCCCAAGUGCUUAGGACUCUUGACUUUGGUCUCCACCAUCAGGACACAGAAGUUGUUGAUAUGUGCCUCAAAGCCCUAAAAUCUCUUGCUUCAUACCACCUAAAGGAAAUUGGGUCAGGUAAGAUUGGUUUGGGCUCCCAAGUAAUUACCAGAAAGGAUGCAAGUGACAGUGAAGCUGUGCAGGAAGGUAUUCUGAGUGGAUUCCUCAAGUCUCUUCUGCAGUUGCUUCUUUUUGAAGAUUACAGCCCUGACUUGGUGGGGAAUGCAGCCGACGCUCUCUUUCCUCUGAUUCUCUGUGAUCAAGGACUAUACCAGAAAUUAGCUACGGAGUUAAUAGAGAGGCAGGAAAAUCCAAUAUUCAAGUCAAGGAUUGUAAAUGCGUUACACUCUCUGACCAGUGCAAACCAGCUUUCUUCAGUGCUUGAUCGUAUUAAUUCCCAAAGAUUUCGGAAAAAUUUACACAAUUUCCUAAUUGAAGUUCGUGGCUUUUUGCGGACGGUUUGAUAUAUUUGAUUCAUGUUACCUUGUUUAGACGUCAGUUGGCCAGCUUCGAAGAUUAGGUUUCAUAGUGGGGCAUAAUUCAAAAUCAUCCUCAACCUGAAGCUAGAAGAUGCACAAAUCCCAGAGGGCUGAAGUGAAAAAUUAGCAUUUGAAGACUUCAGCUAACUUGGCUCUUGUAAGAAGCCACACUAUCAGGUCUGCUGCUUGUUUCUGGAAAAACUGUUGCCCCAAAAUUUCAAUGGUUGCUGGAGAAAAUGUUUGGAUACGCUGACUGUGGUGUGGUAUUGCCUUUGUUGGUUUGGUGUUGGACAAUUCACAUUUUAUGUUCUUUGGUUGUGGUUGGGUGGAAUAUGAUCGAUGUACGUUUAGGUACACAAUGCAGUAGAGUUGAGUUUAGAACAUUGUUAAAUGUACAGUUUGAAGGUGCUUGUAAAGUUUUGAUCUAUUAUAGUUCCGUUUCUAUAUCUGGAAGAUAGAAGAUUGUAACUAGGAACAAGAUGGGAUUUGAUUUUCUUAUGUUCUGAAAAACACUGGUUGGACAACGAUUCCUAAAGGGUGAUUGAUAACUAACUUUGAGAACUUUUAGGGAUGCUUGACACACCAAUAUGAGUCGGGUUAAAUUGUUGAAAA